CCGUCCGCCCUGUCAGUCAUCUUCAUCUCAUCUCUGCUAGUAUGAGCCUGCAGGCAAGACGACGACACAGCCAUCACAGCUCCAUUAUUUCCUCCAGCCUACUCCAAUCCCUGCUGCGUCUCAUGGCGACAUAUAGCAGCUAAACCUCGAUGCUUGCGUCCAUCUGCACACGUACCGCAGUGACGCCAGAAGAUCGAGCUGUAGCCAAGGAUUCGGCAGGCCGGCGUCGUACGUCCCAGGCCAGGAGAGAGGUGGCUGGCCGGGGAAGAAGCAAGGGGAGAUGCGGAGCGGCGGGUGCGCUGUGCAGCAGGAGCUGGCGGGGGACGCGGCGGCCGUGAUGCACCAGGCGGUGAGCCUGGCGCGCCGCCGGGGGCACGCGCAGGUCACGCCGCUGCACGCCGCCAGCGCCAUGCUCGCGGACGCCGGGGGCCUCCUCCGCGCCGCCUGCCUCCGGUCGCGGGCGAGCUCCCACCCGCUCCAGGGCAAGGCGCUGGAGCUCUGCUUCAACGUCGCGCUCAACCGCCUCGCCACGGCGGGGGCCCCCGCGGCGAUGUUCCACCACUGCCACGCCCACCACGCGGGGCACCGCGCGCCGGCGCUGUCCAACGCGCUCGCCGCCGCGUUCAAGCGCGCGCAGGCGAACCAGCGCCGGGGCGGCGGCUCUACCUCCGCGGAGGGCCAGCAGGUCGCCGCCAGGGUCGAGCUCGAGCAGCUCGUCAUCUCCAUCCUCGACGACCCCGGCGUCAGCCGCGUCAUGCGCGAGGCCGGCUUCUCCAGCGCCGAGGUCAAGGCCAACGUCGAGAAGGCGGUCUCGUCGUCGGAGCAGUCGUCAAACACGGCAAGCAGCACCAGCGCCUCCCCGAAUCCUAAACCCAAGGAUGCCAAAGACAAGGUCGACGUCAUCGGCGACGCCGCGCGCGUGCUGGACUGCAUGGCGAGCGGACGGAACCGAUGCGUGGUGGUCGUCGGCGAGAGCGCGCCAGCCGCGAAGGGAGUGGUGAAGGCGGUGAUGGACAAGGUGAGCAAGGGGGACCUGCGGCUCCAGCACGACUGCCUCAAGAACGCCCAGUUCGUGCCCUUUACGGCCGCGUCCUUCCAGCGCUUGCCGAGGGAGGAGGUGGAGGCCAGGGUCGCCGACCUGCGCGCGCUCGUGCGCGAGGGCUGCGCCGCCGGCAAAGGCGUGGUUCUCGUGCUCGAGGACCUCGGCUACGCCGCCGAGGCCUGGUCAGCCGCGUCGUGGAAGAGAAGUGACCCCCGCGCGCAUGGCCAGUACUACUGCCCCGUCGAGCACGCGGUCAUGGAACUCAGCAGCCUGGUGCGCGGCGGCGGCGGCCGCGGCCACGACAUGUUCUGGCUGCUGGGCUUCGGAACCUACGCGUCCUACACGAGCUGCAGGUCGGGGCAGCCCUCCCUGGAGGCCGUCUUGGAGCUACACCCCGUCGUCGUGCCGGAACACAGCCUCGCAUUGAGCCUCGGCGGCGACAGUGAGAUCACACACUGCGGCGCCGACAUGGUCGUGGCGACGGCGGCGAGCGUCCCCUCGUGGAUUCGCCGCAGCCAGCAAGGUCCAGUCCUCACCGGAUCGGAGCUCACGCUGAGCUUCUCCUCUCCGGCAUCUUCCUCCUUCUGCGGCUUUACCCAUUACGACGCCAACAUGAGCUGCGAGCCAUGGCAUGAUCUCAUCGACCGGCGGCAGCCGUUGCUGAACCACGGGCACGACGGCCCAAUGGCCGAGUCGUGCGAUCAGCAACUGCUCGCGAACCCUAAUCCUGGAUCGUCUAACUCGGUGUCUAAAUCUAACUCAUCGGACGCCGCCACGGAGACUGCAGCUCGCCGCCGUCCAAAGUUCACCGAGCUCACCGCGGAGAAUCUCAAGAUCCUGUGCAGCGCAUUCGAGAGGCGCGUCCCGCGCCACAGAGAUCUAGCUGCGGGCAUCGCUAGCGCCGUGCUCCAGCGCCGCUCCGGCGUGACAAGGACGACGCGGCCGAGCUCGGCGACGUGGCUGCUCUUCCAAGGGAGGGACGAUGACGGCAAGGCGGCGAUGGCCCGGGAGCUCGCCAGGCUUGUCUUUGGCUCCUACGCCGAGUUCACCUGCAUCACCGCAGCAAAGCUAACCCUAGCUCCCUCCGGUUCCAACUCCGGCGACAGCCUCAAGAGGCAGAGGUCGCCGGACAAGGAGCACGGCUACAUGCAGAGGUUCUACGAGGCAAUCCGCGAGAACCCUCACCGCGUCGUGAUGAUCGAUGGCGUCGAGCAUGACUCAGACGAAGCCGGUAUCAAGAAUGCCAUGGCAACCGGAACGGUGAGGGGUUGCGAUGGUGAUACGGUGAGCUUGGAGGACGCCAUCGUAGUGAGCUGCCAAGUCUCCGAGUCGAGGUCUAGGGUUUCCUCCCCUCGGGCGGUGAAGCUACGACGUUUCAUGGGUCACGUCGACAGCAAGGCGGAAGAUGAAGGCGCAGAGAAAGGAGCUGUGCCACGGCUUGGCUUGGAUUUGAAUGCCUGCGCCGCCAUGGACGAAGAAGGGGAGGAAUCAGGGAGUUCUUCGCCUAAUGACGUGGAGAUCCUUAAAGCUGUGGAUGGCGUUUUCUUCUUCCAAUAUUAACGGAAAAAAUAGUUUGAUUACUAGCUUUGCUUCAUUUGAUAACAAUUUUACCUGUUGCUGUUGCCCUAUUAUUUCUG